AUGCUUAAUAUUAAGCAAGAGCAACUAAAAUUUAGUUUUUUUCCAGAAUCUUCAUGUCAGCUAGUUGAUUUUCUCGGAGGUGUUAAUUAUACACCUUCUCAAGAUAAUAAUGCAAUUUUCAAUCGAUCCGUAGGCUUUUUUCGAAAAAUAUUAACAGAAAUAGAAAUGGAGAAAGGCUGGAAACAUUUUAAAUUUUUCAUUAGCCAAGAUGAUAGCGGAGGAUUUUCGGUAGAGGUUUCUCAUACAAAGAGUGGGAGAUAUCCACCGGUAAAAACCUUAAAUUGUAUUUCUUGCGAUUCCGAAUCCGAAACAAAUAAAGUUUCAAGAAUUAAUUUUCCAUCGACCACAAGUGAUGAUACUAAAAAACUUUGCAAUAUUUGGCUUGAUGCAAAAGCAAGGUCAAUGUUUAUUAUAACACCUGUUCGGCAUGUUGAAAGGCUAUCAGAGUGUACUGAUGAAGAAUUAUUUUCAAUAUUUCACCUCGCAACGCAAGUAAUUGACGAAGAGAUGAGAGCUUCUGAAGCACCAUGGGGAAAUAUAAGAUUUCUUGGAAUGACAUUAAAUCAUGGUGAUUCGAGAAAUGUCGAGCAUUUACAUCUUAAAAUUAAAUUAACGAAUCAGGAUUUUAGAUAUUUCCAAAAUAAUGGAUGGGAUCGUAUAAAGAAACGAAACUUUAAUAUUUUGAAACGUGGUUUAUAUAAAAAGGAUAAAAGACUGCAGAAAAUAUC